AAUCAUUGAAAGAACAUGCUGAGCAACUAAGACAAGUGUUCACCCAACUUCGUAAGCAUCGCCUCUUCGUCAAACAGAGCAAGUGUGAGUUUGCAAAGGCCUCGAUUCCUUUCUUGUGCCAUGCCAUCUCACACAACCAGCUUGUCAUGGAUCCCUCCAAACUCAAAGCCGUUCAAGACUGGACACCCCCAACUUCUAUGAAAGAAGUACAAGCCUUCCUUGGCCUUGCUAACUACUACUGCAAAUUCAUCCGCCACUUUGCUGCUAUCACCUCCCCUCUAUCCAAUCUCCUCCGCAAGAAUGAAGGAUUCCAUCGGGAUUCGGACCAGAAAAAAAUCUUUGACUCUAUCAAAUGUGCAUUAACCUCUUCUCCUACCCUAGUCCUAUCUGACCCUUCCCUCCCUUAUGUGAUGUGGACAGAUGCCUCUCAUGUUGCAAAAGGUGCAAUCCUUUGUCAGGAUCAAGGACAUGGCCUCCAGCCCAUUGCUUUCGAACCUCGGAAGCUUAAGCCUGCUGAGUGCAACUAUGCUACUCACGAUCGUGAGGCACUGGCCAUCGUCCAUGCAAUCAAGAAUCCAGCAUAUCGCAAGCUGCGUCACCUCCUGCUACGCGAGCAUCAUGACCAGAAUGCACACUUUGGAGUGGACAAGACACUUGCAGCCAUCUCUGCAAACUUCUUCUGGCCCAAGCUUUCUCAUGACGUCCGCUCCUAUGUACACAGCUCUCACAUGUGUCAGUGCAACAAAGCUCGCAACACAGCUCCAUACUGCUUGCUACACCCCUUGGAAAUUCCUCAAGUUCCUUGGAGUCAUGUCGCACUCGACUUCAUCACCGAUGCCCCUCGCACCUCCUCCCAUUACAACGCUAUCCUCACUGUAGUUGACAAGCUCAGAAAGAUGGCUCACUUCCUCCCUACCUCCACUACUGUGACUGCUGAACAUGUAGCUGAUCUCUUCUUCAAAGAAGUGGUACGUCUUCAUGGAAUUCCUUGCGUCCUAAUCAAUGACUGUGAUUCCCGAUUUGUUGGCAGAUUUUGCCAGUCCCUCUUUCAAAGAAUGGACAGCAAGAUUCGUCUCUCUACUGCCUAUCAUCCUCAGUCCGAUGGCCAGACAGAGAGAAUGAAUCGAACCCUUGAAAAUGCCCUUCGUACAUGUGUGAAUGCAUGACAGAAUGACUAGGACAUGCACCUGCCUUC